AUCCCGACAUCCCUCCCGUCUUACCGACUGAACAGUACCACAAGGACUAUUGUGCAGGAUAUCUUCUGAUACGGGACCCAUACAAAUCAGUCAUCAACCAUGGCUGCCAACACCGGCGGUAAUUCGGAACGCGACCUACUGGUCCGUUUAAAUGCACUCAAACGAGGCUCAGCAACUCAGGAUGUUGCGCCAAAACCAAUAGUGACACGUACUUUACCACUCGCCGACCCCAGGCAGGAUGCCCUCUCAGACAGGCUUCGCGCCCUGCGUAACCAGUCUUCUGAUGGUAGCUCACCAUCCGUCUCCUUGAAGACUUCUGGUGGCACCACGGAGAGCCAGGUUGGAAAGCAGCCCAGCUCAUCGACGCCAGGACUGCCCCUACCCCUGAUUUCUACUCCAGUCACGGAACUAGGGGAAGAGGACGAUGAUGCCGAGAAUGGUUUCAUGUCUGAUCUUGAGGACGACGGGACGCUCGAAGACUAUUUGGAAGAUCUUGAGCUGGACCUUGACGAAGGUAACGAUGAUGGAUCGAAUCAGCGGCCACCGUCGGACCUUGCUGACGGCGAGGGUAACGCCGAGGAUGAUGCCAAGCGGAUAGCAGCUGUCCUGGCGCGUAUCGGAAAAGAUGGUUCUGACUUACCGCCAAGACAUCCGCCAGGACACCAAGUCGAAAGACGACCUCAUGUAGAAAGUGGCAGUGCUGGUGGUGACUCUGAUGAUGACAAGAGGAACCAGGUCGAGGCGGAAGGUAUUGUUUCGCGGGCAUUUGACGAGGCCAAGCUCCACAGAGAGAAUUCUACACCACUGAACGAAAGCAGCGAGCAACGGCCGCUUUCGUCGCACCGGGAUUUAUCCACGUCACAUGAGCAGGAUGCAAUGCGGCCCGACGAUGAACAGGCUUCUCCAUUGGACGACGCACCAUCAGCGGUCAAAGAUUCUCUGUCUUUCCCUGCGGUGCCCGACUCCCUAAUGGGCCCAAGACCAACCACCACCACAACGGCCAUCCCUACGACAGGCGACGAUUUCGAAUCCGACAUAAGCCGCAGGCUCGCAGCGCUCAGAGGACUCGGCGGCUCCGGAAGCGGUGGUGGCAGCGGCGGCCUCGCCCUCCCUUCGGCUCCCUCAUUCCAGCCAGUCGCCAAAAACAAUGAGCAUAGAGUAAAGAGCAUGGGGGGUUACACCGACGAGGACGAGGACGGCUGGUGCAUCGUCUGUCUCGAAGACGCAACCAGCAUGUGCGUCGGCUGCGACGGCGAUGCCUAUUGCGAGGGCUGCUGGAGGGACAUGCAUGUUGGCCCGACGGCUGCCUUUGAUGCCAGUCACAAGCGUUUAGCUUUUGUCAAGGAGAGGAGAAAGAAACGAGUGCUGCUGGCGGCCUAGGUGCUCUCAUCUUUUUCACACCUGCACCUCGAAUCGAGUUUCAUUUCGCAAAAUGGCCAAUCAAUUUACACAGGAGUACGGCUACCAUAGCUGAACCGAACAUCGAAAAUACAAUUGCUAAAUUAAAUCCCGGUUCUGCGUCAUCGGAGUAGUAUCCUCAAAAUCCCCCAAUGCACAAAUUAUUAAUAAAGGAAAGACGCUGUGGGAAAGGGUAAGGAAAGAGAAAUAUCCAUCAAGUCACAUUCCAAAAGGUCGUACAAUCUUUCCCGUGCUUCGUGACUUAAUUCCGUGGUUAGAACUUUUCUAACGACAUGAUUAGAAAAGCCCCAAAAUCCGAUCACACCAGGCGUUUGUUUAGUUGUCGCCAUUUUCCUGAUUUGAAGCUCUGCCAGUGAUGUCCUGCCAUGUCGCACCGAACCUACGACCCGUGCUUGCAAGCAGACCCUCCUCCUCGUCGGCCUCGGCCUCUUCGUCCAGCUCGCUCAUGUUGAGCUUGGGGGUCCGGAACAGCGAGGUCACAAGAACAAUGAGGAACACUGCCAGGAAAGCAACCUGCGCCCAAAAGUCAACAGCACCAAAGACUGGCCAGUUCAACGUGACGCGGUUGAGGAAGGUCGACAUGACCGAUGGUGUGCAGAUAUCCUUGGCCAGCGAUUGCUUGAACUCCUCGGAGCACGGUCUUACCAUCUCCGGGUGCUCCGAACAGUCGGGCUGCUUGCCGUGAGCCGGUGGCUCUGCAGUGCAGAAAGUCUGCGUGCCGUAGAUCGAGUACUGGGGGGCAACCAUCAUCGCAAUGGCGUAGUUGAUGCCCAGUAUUAUGAGCGCCAUCAUAACCGUAGCAAUUAGGAUGGCCUGCGGCGCUGUCCUACCACGCCGGAUCUGGAAGAUUUGGACCCAAAGGAAGCGAAUGCCAACCGUUGCAAGACCUGAGAUGGAGCUGCUGAAGAAAAAGAUCACCAAGAAUGCCAUGAUAAUAUAAUCCACAGGGAAGGCCUUUGCUGCCUGGAGGAAGAGCCAGUUGACGGGCUGGAAAAUCUUGAGUUGCCCGAGGAUGUAGCCGCAGUGACCUUUGCAGAGCGAGUUUGACGCCUUGUCGAUUGUGGUGAUAAGCAUCGAAACCCAAACAAUGACUGAGACGAGAAGGAGAAGGACACCGCCGAUCAGCUUCAGAGGUCGAAAAACGGCGCAGAUCUUGGUCCAUGCCCUGUAUACGAAACUGCGGCCCUCGCCCUGAGCCUCCGCGGCCAGUCGUGCACGGCGCACUAGAGUCCGUUCUUCUCGCACCAGAGACUCGAGCUCGCGCCUGUCCUUGCUAGACAUUUCAUCGUGGUUGCCACUGUUACGAAGUUCAAGCUGGCGCUGACGCUCGCGGUUCGUCUCCAGAGCAGACGCUGUAGUUUCGGAUAGCUGCGGCGCUGAAAUGGAUGGCGCAGAUUUGAUGAAUGAGAUUGGCAGCAGUGCCAGGCCUGAGCUUGUGUAUAGAACAUAGAGCAAAGUACCCAGGCAUACGAGCAAGCCAACAGCAAAGGUCAAAGCCUUCUCUCCCUUAUUCGCAGCCAGCAGCCGCUUGAAAUAGUCAAGAUCCAAGUGAUCACCUUUCUGGUUGCCGGCGGCUGGCACAAAGAAUCCCACGAAAAAAAGAAUGAGCACCAAGAUUAUGAAGCCCGAUGUAUACUUGAAAGCCCCCCAGAGCUUGGCCCCGGUGCUGCGCGUGCCUUCUUCCUCCUCCACCUCAUCAUAUUCCUCGUACCAGAAGUAUGCAAAGGGGAUGACGAUCAGACACAGCAGGGCAUCAAGGCUGUAGAGCGAAUAAUACACAAUCUGGAGAGUAUGUAGCAUUCCAGCCACGUGCUCUGGAGUCGCCCAUUCUUUCUUGACACCGAGGUGUACGGAGGCGGUCGAGGAGACGAGAGCGAUAUCGACGGGUAAGAGCAGAACGGUCGCCAACAGAGCUGUCAAGCUGAUCACUGCAACUGUGUUGACAACUGCAGAUCGUUCGCGUGGCGUCUGCCAUGUGAAGGUGGUGACGAUGGCAGCGAACAGCGCCAGGCCGACAGCCACGGCAUAUGCGAUCCAUAUCAAGCUGGUCUGAAGAUAGGGUGCCAUCUUGAUUGCUGAAGAAGACGGCAGAUAGGGCUGCGCUUGGAAUUAUUUAAGCCGAGACAGUAUGAGAAAGUUACAGAGCGGUCUUAGUUGGGUGAAGAUAUUGUUGAUAUUUCCCAUCCGUACUGGGACCGGUUGCCGUCGCGACGUAGGUGAUCGAAGCUCGCGAGCUUGUUUCUUGGCGGCAAUGCCGAUGGAUGAGAUUGGCAGUUGAUCGAAUCGAAAGAAGGGAGCUUUUUGUUAAACAGCGAGAUCUUGGUGACGCGGCCGGCGCUCAAAAAUGUAACCAAACCCAGUGCAUGGAUUAGACGUUGGGUAAGGUAGGAUUGUUGAAGGUUGCUCAAGCUAAAAAGA